GCGGUUCCGAGCCUCUCAGUCGCGCCGAGAGCCCGCUUCGCUGCGGGGUGACCUCUCCUCUACCUCGGCGAGGGUGCCUCCUCCGCGCCGGGUUCUCCUCUCGGAGUUCAUCGUCGGGUGCUCACGCGAGCGGACGGCCAUUCGGGUCGUGAAUUCGACGUCCGCGCGAGAAUUGAAUAACUGCAACGGCAACGUUUUCCCGAGAGCCACGCACACUCAUGGUUGAGCAAGUCUCGUGUGGUUGCUGUACGAUCCUCCACCUUGGAGGGUCUCGUCGCUCUUUGAGAUUUUCAUCGAAAAUCUUCAUCGGCAAUCUGCGAAUUCUGCGAGGGACAUCAAGAGACGUAACGAGAGGCGUUUAGGAUCGAUCCGCUGAGAUUUCUUCGGGGCUUCAGUUUAUUAAAGUUUAUUAAAGUAGAUUCGGUGUCGAUGAAGACGAAUGGGGGCGCGUCUACAUUUACCGUAUGCGGGACUCAAUAGAGAAAAAGUGUACGCAAACGUGAAGAUUGAUACGUGAACUUGGGUUAGAGCGCCCGUAACCCAAGAGCUAUAUAACGCGGAAACGUAGACGCCGCGAAGAAUUCAAUACUUCGCGUAGAUAUACGCAAAAGAAUUUGUCAUCGGAGCACGCCUGACGCAUUUUAUACAGGAAGACGUCACACGAAGAAUUCGUAUUCGAGAGCUUGACGUUCCGCGUAACGAAACAGGCGUCGCAAAGGGCCGCGGGACGCGUGGGCUCUCGAUGUUUCCUUAGCGACGUGGCGAGCGGCGCGAUGUGUAUUUUAAGGCUUUGAAAUUUCCUGCGCGAUCUGCUUCGAGACCUGGUACCUAUGUCGUUCUGUUCCGCGCCGAAAACUAUCUCGCAUCACGAAGAGUGCCUCUAAUUGUCUAUCACAAUUCACGCGAUAGCGCAAAGCAUUUUUUUUUAAGACCUCGACGACGACGACGGUCGAUCAUCGCACACUCGUCGCGAUCAACCGUCAGUGAUCCCGCGCGAAGAGCAGCUCUCGAGACACAUAAUCCUCCGCCCUGUGCCCUGCGAAACCGAGUCUGGAUCGGGGAGAAAGGGAGUGACCGAUCGAUCGCCGUAAUAAGGGAGCUUUCCGCGGAGGCGACGGCUUGAAGCACGCCCAUCGUACCGGAAAAAGGGCGCCUCUCGCGAAGAAAAGUGGACGACGACGACGACCCUCGUUCCUCCGCGGACGAUCCUCUCGGGGAGAGAGGGCAUCGAGGCGCGUAAGAAAGCCUCGUAAGGGACCGUUCUCGAGACAAACUGAGCCCUUUUCAUCCAGGAAAAUCACGGGCGGACUUGACGUCGAGUCCUCUCGAUUGCCACGACCUUGCGAGGAAGCGCGAGGACCCUGCAGGAUUAAUCCGGCGAGACGGGAACGUGGACGUCGUUUAAUAUCCCGGACCUGGAACAGCUUUGUUGCACCCUCCCCCCCCCCGUCCCUCGUCGACGCGGUGGUCCUCGACGCGGCGGCAGUUUCUUCGUCACUCUUCGCUCUAGUCGACGUGGUGGUCCUUAUUCCAUUCGUUUACCGUCGUCCCGAUCGUUACCGGAGCCGCGUACGAGAUAUCUCGGAACCCAUAAUUAAGGAUACAAUUAAUGGUCCGCCAAUUAAAUAUAAUUAACUCGAUCGUUAGAACGCUGCGGUCGCUGUCUGCCAAUUAGCGUGUUAGCGCCUUAUCGAUCAUCGGCCGCCUCGCGGUGCGCCUCGACUACGCCGAUCGAGACAAUAAGAUCGAUCGUAAGUGAUCUCGCGAUCAGCGGGCGCGCAAGGGCCGAAUAUCGGAACGAAGCCGAAGGAAAAAGGAAGAAAGAAUUUGAGCGAAUGAGAGCCACGAAUAAGACAGCGAUAAUUUGAGCGAGUGCGGGAGCGUCGGCCCGGCGAAAAGUUCGAGAAUCGAGAUAACGCGUUAACGAGGUACGAUUAACGACCUCUCGUGGUCGAUAAACGUGUCGUUGCCUUCGGCGAACUCGAGCGAGUUCCUCGGGAACGCUUUUCCACGUGACCGCUUCCCCGUGAAAAAGAGGUCAGUCGCUUCCAAAGUCGACUUUUAUAGCAAUAUAUACAUGAAUUGCACGAGAAGGCGGAAGCUCGUCAAAGAUACCUAGUAGAAACGUACCGUAAGAAUAGUUCCUCAAGAGCCGCGUGCGCUGUCGCGCUGAAACAGCUUGCCGAGAGAUAUCGGAUAGAUUUUCUUAUCGGACAGGUAUUUCUUUUCCCCAAGAUCGAUCCACGUUCCGCUUUACGGUGAUCGGACGAUAUUUUUAACUGAUCUUCACUGCCAGCGUUUGGAAGUUGAAGAUGCGAUUCUUCGUAGUCUGAAGGUCCAUCCAACUGAGAGUCGUCGGGACACCGGCUAAAGGCGAACCGGCGAGGAAAACGUCUCGAGCGGAAGGAGGGACGGAGAAUGCCGGCAGGGUGCACGUGACGAACGGGGCUUCCCUCCAGAUUCGCACGAUUUUUUCAACGCUUGACUCCGUCGCUGCGCAUCGUAUCGCACGCUGAGGUGGAGGAUGGAGGAGCUGGAGACGCUGGAGAGCACGGAGUGCCCGGAGUGCCCCGGGCCGCCCCCUGAGUUCCGGUUGCCGCCGCCUCCCCGGCCGCCCUUCCUCACCGAGGGCACCUUCUGCUCGGAGUCACCCCUCGCCGAGCUCGAAGACUGCGUUGCUAUCCCGAUGAUCGACGCCUCCUACCACACAAACCCGUCGUUGCAGAGCACUGCCCUAAUCAUCACCUGUGCGGUGGUCCUUCUGCUGAUGGCCGCGAUUGUGUCCGUCGUCUUCUGGAAGCACAAGCGGAAAGUGCAGAACCUGCUGCCGUGCAAGAGCGCAGCGGGCGCGGCGGCGGUUGCUGGACGGAGUCGCGUGCUGCCGGACGGCCAGCCGCACUCGGGCCCCGGGAUUGGCGGCGGCGGCGGCGGCGGCGGCGGCACCGGCGGCGGUGCCGUACUUUACGAGGACCUACAGGAUCACGCGAUGUCGCAUUCGCAGCUGCACAAUCACCUGCCGACGAGCCACGGCCAGGCGCCGACGAUCGAGAUGCUGGACGUCAAGGAUGGCGGAAGAGGGGUGUUCGUCUGCAGCAGCCCCGGUCCUGAUCCUUACACAUCGCAGGACCUUUAUAAUCCUGUCUACGAGGAGCUCAGCAACGGGGACCAUCCGGAGACGGACGAGGAGAGCGAGUUGAACGCCCGCAAUCGUCUGCAUCAUCAUCACCAUCAUCACCGUCACCAUCACCGCACGUCCGGCGCGUCCAAACCGGCAAGCGAGGACGAGUUUGCCGAGGACGAGCUGUCAGUGGGCGAGCCAUCGGAGGCGAGGAUGCUCACUUCGAGCAGUGGCCCUACCUGGGGUACGUGCCCGGCCGGUGGCAGGCAACCACGUGAACGGCGCGGCCGCAGCCCCAGGAGCCUCGACCGACGCAGGCGAGACAAGAACCACGACAUGGGCGAGUUCCAUGAGGGCAUGUUGCUGGACGCGUUGCUUCAGCUCUAUCCUAGCGUCGCAGGCGUGGCCGGCGCCCGAACAGGUACCGGCAGCACCCAACGUCAGCAGUCCGUCCCGUCGGUGGCACACAGGUUACCGUACUUCGUACCACCCUUGCCGGCUGCGCAGGCCCCGCGACUCGAGGAGAACCCCUACGAGAGCGUGCCGGUACUAGGACCCCUACAUCGUUACUCCAGCCAAAACAGGAGCGGCAAGGAUCGCUCGCGCAACGGCAAGAUUGGCAACGACAAGUACAAGUAUUUGUCGUCACAGCAGCAAUACGGCAGCGAUUACUACGGUCUGCAGAGUCAAUCCGACGUUACGACACCGCUCUAUACCCAGGUGGGCGGCGAGUAUUCGGAUACGUACUCGCAGCCGACCGAUCGGCUGUUCGGUGACGACAAGUACAGCCAGCCGGUGUAUUACACGAACUCGACCCGGGACUCGGCGUGCGAUCAGGUGAACAAUGCCGGCCGAUUAUACCAAGGCCAGCCCGACAGCAGUUUCGGCAGUGACAGCGGUUACAGCCACCAUACGUCCGGUACCACCGGCACCACUGGCACCACCGGCACCCGCGGCAGCAACUCCCGGACGAAUCACCGCAGGGACAAGCAACGAAACUCUCACCACUCGCAUCAUUCCGCGGACUACAUCGUGUCCUAAUGGAGGAUCGAUUGCGGCAUCUCUGAAGAUUUUUCUAGAGAUGUGCUCCCGCCAAGAAGGGAGAGAAAGACAGAAACACGAGAUGAAGUCUCGAUUCAGUUAUAUUGUUGUCACAAUGGGAAGAUGAUACCCAACGAGCGCGCUCGUUAACGGAGAGCGGCUGACGCCGAUUCGGCUGUGCUGAACUGCUGUAUUUUGAUACUUUAAUGUCCACAGUUAAGAGUCAAUAAAGGUAUUCUUAUCGCUUCGGCGAAUCAAGUUGCGACUCUCGUGUCGAACGACUCGAUUAUCGCGGAGCGAUGAGGAGCAAGUGACGAUUCGAACUUAAAACGAGAGAAACAGUGAUCUCUUAGUGAUUUAUACAUAUAGCCGACACGCAAGACUAUCUAACAAAUUUAUUUGUAAUUCAAUGAGACUCAGGCUGGUACCAAAGGACGCUAACGAUUACUUUUACAUUUUUAGUCCAAUUCUUUGUAAUUUAUAUACGUAGAGGAAGAACGUUAAUCGCGGAAUGAGUCGAUCUCGUCCUCGUUAUGAUGUCGCCCGCAAAUCGUGCGACUACCAAUCGCGAAGAGCUAUUAAAGUACUGAAAUCACCCUACGUGAUCAGUCCUAUCGCUCUUUUAAACAAUUCACUGUUUUAUAGACAAACGUCCAAAAUGUUCGUAGUCGAAAUCCGUCGGAUCAAAAAUUUGCAGAUCUGUUUAUUCUAAAAUAUAAAAUGAAAUUUGAUAUUCUUAAAGUGACACCGAGAAUCGCUAAAUCUGAAAGUAUAUCAAUGAUAUAUCAAUAUAUCAAUGAUGGUGUCGAGGUAUUUCUGCUAAAUAAACGAGAUUGCUUAAAAUAAACGGCGCACAAAUUGUGAAAAUGAGCGGGUCUCAAUUACGAGCAUCUUGCUCUUUAAAUUAACCGAUCCACUGCCAAUCCUAUCCUAAACAAUCGGACGUGUUCAGACGACCAGCAAGUUUCGUACAAACUUUGAUACGAUAAAACAUGUAAUUUUUGGCCCGCCCUCAAAGGAGAGGAUCCGAUCGCGUAUACACUGUAGGGAGAUGUUAGAUAGUACGGUUAUCUAGUCCGAUAAUAAUUACUUUCCAUAUCAGCAACCAUGCUUUAGGGAACCUCAUCAACAUAACACGAAACAACACCCAUUCACGCUGACGAUAAUCUUGAGGUAUAAUGAUAACGCACGAUAGAUUAACGGCGAAUCCUCAAAUUAUCCGUAAACGGAAAGACAGACAGUAUAUACAUUGAAAUUAGAUCAUAAUCAGUUAUGAUAAAAAUAUUGUGCUAUUCUCUGCCACAUCCUCAAAAAAUUUCUUAUUAAAAAAAAAACAACUUAUUUAUAUAAUGUAUCGAUACGUGAUUGACUGUAGCUAUAUAACUAAUAUAAGCAAUACAUUUUGGAUUGUAAUAAAUACAUUCCCCAGUCUUUCAAAUUUGCAAAAAAUGUCGCAUUCCAAACUAAUAAAAUCUCAUAAAUUAUCUUAGUGUAUUAUUAACGAUUUAUCUAUUGAAGUAAAAUAAAAUCAAUUCAAUUUUAUUUUCAAAACGUAAAUAUUAAUUUUUUUAAUGACACUUUCCAUUAUUUAAUUCUACACAGCAAAUCAAUCGAAGCAAUAUACAUAAAACCCCAAACGAAUUGUUUCAAUUAGAUUUUAACGCGCGUAAUACAAUUUCGAGAACUGUAUAUAGAUGACACAUAUAGUACUAGUAUCAUCGCUACACUGCCGCUAAAUGCAUAAAUAUAUUCGCGCUUUCAUGAAAUUUUUGGGCGCGCGUGCGCGAGCCUUUUAUUUUUAUAAUACUAUCGCAGAAAUAUAUAAUUGUAAAGUAACGCUUGAUAAGAAGGAGGAAGCCACGAAAAAUUUUAUUCCCAAAAAGAGAAUGUACUUUUUCUUGCGCUUUCGAAAAAAUUGUUCGAUGUCGCUCGAUUCACAGUACAACUCAUAUUGUUCUGAAUCGAAAGACUCCUGAUGAGCCUCGUAAUAUUCCUCUUUACCAAACGGGCACUUUCGCAAUUGCAAAUCGUCUUCUCUCGAAAUAGAAGCCAGAUACGAGAUACUAUGACCACGCUAAUCUCGAUGUUGUUAAUAACGGAGACCACGUGUUAGAAAAUUCAUGAGCCGCAAUUGCGGCACGCUCGCAACUCCUGCCUCAUUUCAAAUUGCCAGUUUGGCGAACGCCGGCUUUAUUACAGACAAAGACCCGCAGUCGGACAACUCCGCAAAUGACCCAAAUUACUCGCGUUCAUUAUUAACCAUAUUAUUAUUGCGAUCGGGUCGAGCGCCUUUAUGAACGAUCCUUGAUCGGUAGUCGCACGUGGACGACUCGCGGGUUCGCGGAUUACGGCAAACCGACGUUGAUUUGUUCCUCAGGAUGUUACUUCGUCCCGUUAUAAUUAAUAAAUACAAAAUAAUUUCGGGGAUUUGGUCGCUAUAACUUUUCCAAAGAACGAAACGCCUUUAAAGAAAGUGCAGUGAAGAAUAAAGCUAGUCACAAGACGUAUGUAGACAAAUCGAAAACUAUUGUGAUGUAGAAAUAUCAAGUAUGCUUUUUUGUUACGUCGGAACGAAGUGACACCACCGGGGUGCAAGAGCCUGAGGUUCAAGCUUUUGGUACGUUGCAGAUAGACCAAAGCGAGAGCGAGAGAGAGAGAGAGAGAGAGAAAGAGUGAAUGAGAAAAAAAUGCUAGAAUGUACAGGCGCACGUUAGUACACCGAAUAAAUACCGCUAUCCCUUAUAUACAUACCGCAUGUGUAAAAAAGUAACGGUAAUCGGCGAGCAAUGUAAAUAGAAAACCGGGAGGAGGAACACUCCACCCGCGUGUAGCAUAGCUGUAUCAUAACGAUAUCGUUACCAAAAUCUUUUCCCGUGCGCGUACAACAAUGAGAAAAAAAGAUUGAAAUUUAAUAUAUAUAUAUAACUAUGUAUAGAGGGAGAAGCGCGAGAGAAGAAAUUAUAAAUACGAAUAUAAUUUUUAAAUUAUUUGUAACGGCGCCCGUCGCGAUCAUGGCGACAAGGAUAGGAAAAGGAGAAUUCACUGUAUCUUUCCUUUUCGGAGCGAGAGGGACGAGCUCGCAGGAAGUAGGUGCCGAAAGAAGAACCCCUACAAUCCUGUCGGGCGUCGCAAGCCUCCCUCUUGCCUCUCGAAAUAGUGCACACUCUCUUUUAGACGCGCCUAGACGCGAAUACCUCAACACACAAAGAAAUAUAAUUGCUCUGUUGUAAAUAUAAUUUUAUAUGUGCGAACUGGCGAAAGAUUACGGUGAUUUUGCGCGAUCGACAAUAGUAACGGCAAAGUUGCAACGUGAACAUUGAGGCCCAAAAUAACGAUAUUAUCAUUGAAUAAUGUAAAUUUAGCCCUUGUUCAUCGAACGAGCGGUUUCCGCCCUAUAUUUUCUUAUCGUUAAAUCAUUGAACGAAUUAAAUUUUGAAAUAAAGUUGCCAAUGACGAGGCUGAUGCAAUUAUUGUUAUGCCAGAUCACUCGAUUCGUAAAACAUUUGCGAUAGCUUGAACUCUCUCUCCAAUACUUUCAUAGUUAUUAAUUUGAGAGAAUGAAUAUUUAGAGUUUGGCUGUUCAAAAAUUUUAUAUAAAGUGAAGGCCGUUAUUGGCAAUUUUGGAUUAUUCACGUUAAAAUGUUUCGUUAAAACCGACCCCUAUGAUGUAGUAUUGAAACGAUAUAUGUAUGCCGUUUAAUGAUAACUCAUGUAAAUCAAAAAUUACGCGGCGUUGCAACUAUCUGUUUUUAUACGGAAUAAUCGAUACGCGUGAGUGUGGGUUACACCCCGGUAGAAAUUUGUUGAUCGCGCAACGCCGCCGUUAAUCGUCACGUCAAUCUAAUGCUCUCGAAAGUCGUGCUCUCGAACGUCGACCUUAAAUUAUCAUAGAUGAUAUAAUGUAGCAGCAGAGCAAUAAUGUACAAUUAUAAUGCGAAAUACGUUUCAGUGUUUUUAUUAUAAUAUCGUUAUAUCUUUCGAGAAGUGAGAAUUAUUCAUCUCGUCAGCUUAAGACUAAUUGAAGUGGUUCAUUAGUUUGAUUAUUUUGUUGUAUUUUUUAUCCUUAACACAUUGCGAAAGAUUUCAGCAAACAAGCUAAAUUAAUUGGGAAAAUGCGAAAUAAUCGAAUAAUUCUGUACUGAUUUAAAUUGUAACGACGAAAGGUUACUUCUUUCGUCGAUGCGCAGAUCUUCGACUUUCUUGCGACGAACUACGAGCAGCUCACUAGUAUUAUUUAAUUAACUAAUUUAAUUUAUUAAUGAGUUAACGAAUCGUACCGAAGCGACUUUGCAAAUUGCAUUGCAGAGCUUCGUCCGAACUCGAAGAAAAGCUCUUAACCAGCAGCGAAAUUUCUGACUAGCUAAUUAACUCGAUUUCUUAAAUUAGACUAAGGCAGCUCUCAUCGUUCCUCAGGAAGUGUAUAUUCGAGCCGAAUAAAAUAAUAUUAAUAGCGAGAGCAUGACUGACGAGAGCGGAGGCGGAAAAAUGAAGGUGUACAGUGUGUACUUAUCACGACAAGAGUCACGUACGAUCAAAAAGAAACAUUGCAUACAAUCAAAGUGCGCGCACGACGCGAAUAUGUCAGAUUUGAAGAUCAAGAGAAAGAGAGAGAGAGAGAGAGAGAGAGAGAGAGAGAGAGAGAGAGAGAGAGAUCAGGAGAAAUGUGUGGGAAAGAAUAAACGAAAGGCGGAUCGAGUUACACGCUUUUGUAUCUUGCGUCCAUGUUAUAAUUGAAUGUUUCGCGAUGUUGUUUUAUCUUUUUUUUCUCUUUUGUGCAUAGCUAUAAUACAAUGGAGGUCUAAGUUAUUAUUGUUUUUAUUUUUAAUAGGAAAACUCGGAAUCUCCGGGUCGAUCGUUGCAUAUCGGGUGUAAUGGGCGAGCGAGCGAGCGAAGAAAACAAACCAUGCGUGAUCCAAACGUACACAUUGAUAAUAGAAUAACAGAGAUGCAAAGAGGACGCGUCGUUUGAACUAUUUCUUAUCUACCAUUUGAUUCGUGCAAAAUGUUCGGCAAUGCACAUCUCGAAUUAAACUCUUUGUGGUGAAAAAUUCAUUUAAAAUCCAAUUUUUUUUAAUGUUUUUGAUUCAGGUCCAUACAAAAUUUAAUUUAACAAGUGUACAAAUUGGUAACGCGUGAUUUAUAUUGAAUUACUAACAUCCCGUAUAUAAAUUUGCAAUUUACACAAAUUGCAGAAUCGAGCAUGAGUCGUUUGUUGCAUGUGUCGAAAUAUUUGAUUUGUCAAAUCUUUCAUUCGCCAUACUUCACGAUACUUAAUUGUUAUUCCGCCUCAUGUGCGCGGAGAAUGGCGUGCUCUCUAACUUCAAGACGUGAGUAAGAAAGGGAGCGAGCGGAAGAAGGAGAGAGGAUUGAAGAAAGAAAAGAGACGGGAGAAAAUAAAGAAGAGAAUGCACGAACGAAA